AUGCUGCCGGCGGCGAGGAUUGCCAGGAAAUCAUCGAUAGAGAGCGAGCCAAGGACUCUGGGGAUUCAUCAAAUCCAGUAUGCAAGGGAGGCAGCGGAGUAUGUGGUGAAUACUAGAAGCAUAGAAGAAGCAAUAAGUAUUUUCACCAAGGGAUUAAAGCCAGUUGUUGGUGUUGCAAGGGAUAAUGGGAAUACAAAGAUGGAUAGAGGUGAAGAGCAGGAGUGUGCAGGAUUAAGAGGCCAUCUACGAUUACAAGAACCGAGGGAUAUAGCAUCAGCACCUUUCUAGUCAUUUUGCUUACUAUAUAUAUUCCAUUUUUUUUUUUUUUUAUGUAACAUUAAGUCAUUAACAUAUAUGUGUAUAGUUACUGUAGUAUGAGUACAGGAUGAAAUUUUGCCCUUCCA